UCAUUUCCACAUAAAACAAUUUAUUGUGCUCCACGGGAAAGCUCAAGACAGCAAUGACGGUUCAAUACAGACGUCCUCUUUCCACACACACGCGCGUGUGUGUACGCACGCAUGUGAGGGCGUGUUAAUCCGCACACAGAACCCAUCAGCAUCAACCCCCCCCCCAUUCCUCCCCUCACUUAGACACUUUCAGCUGGUGGUGAAGGAUACGCGCGUAAGAUUCUCCAUCCCAGCUGCCCUCCACCCAUUCUCUUUCUCUCCUCCCAUCCCUCUCUCUGCUGUGCUCCGUCCCAGCUAACUACACGGUGGGGAUGGGUUCAGGUAGGGCCAGAAGGACCUGGGAAAAAAAGCACCAAGAGGAAAGCACCAUCUCCUUGAAAUCUUCAUCUCCUCUCACACAAAUGCAGUUUCCCAGCCUCAGCUCUUCGUUGGCUGCUCACAGGAACACAUAGACCCUACAGAGGGUGCCUGGGAGAGAUUUUUGGUCUUUGUGCUUUAGAGGGAUUCUUCACUUCACUCUAUGAAAGGAUAUCUCACUUGAACUUUGCAUCAUGGCACACGCAGCAUCCCAGCUGAAGAAAAAAGCAGAUUUGGAACUUAUAGCUGCUGAGGAAGAAAGAGAGAAAGAGAGGAAGAAAAAGCCCAGGAAAAGGUCCCGGGAUCCAAAGAAAAAGACUGACAGUAAUGCCAGUUACCUCAGAGCAGCCCGAGCUGGAAACCUCGAGAAAGCCCUCGAUUAUAUAAAGUCUGGUGUGGACAUCAACAUCUGCAACCAGAAUGGGUUGAACGCUCUUCAUCUAGCAUCUAAAGAAGGCCAUGUGGAGGUUGUGGCUGACCUUAUUAAACUUGGUGCCACUGUGGACGCUGCAACAAAGAAAGGAAACACUGCUCUGCAUAUAGCAUCGCUCGCUGGACAGGCAGAUGUCGUCAAGGAACUUGUAAAUAAUGGAGCGAAUAUCGACACCCAGUCUCAGAAUGGCUUCACACCACUCUACAUGGCUGCCCAGGAAAACCACCUGGAUGUCGUCAAAUUCCUCCUGGAUAAUGGAUCCAGUCAGAGCAUUGCCACAGAGGAUGGUUUUACUCCUCUGGCUGUAGCUCUUCAGCAGGGUCAUGAUCAGGUGGUGUCUUUGCUCCUGGAGAACGACACCAAAGGGAAGGUACGGCUGCCUGCCCUGCACAUCGCCGCUCGUAAGGACGAUACUAAAGCAGCGGCGCUGCUCCUGCAGAACGACCACAAUGCAGAUGUCGAAUCCAAGAUGAUGGUGAAUAGAACAACAGAGAGUGGCUUCACCCCUCUCCACAUAGCGGCUCACUACGGUAACAUCAACGUAGCAACCCUGCUCCUGAACCGCGGGGCUGCUGUAGAUUUCAAGGCGAGGAAUGAUAUCACGCCUCUUCAUGUGGCAUCGAAAAGAGGAAAUGCCAACAUGGUCAGGCUGCUGCUGGAGAGAGCAGCUCGAAUUGACGCCAAAACCAAGGACGGCCUGACACCUUUACACUGUGGAGCGAGGAGCGGUCAUGAGCAAGUAGUUGAGAUGUUACUAGAUCGUGGAGCACCCAUCCUCUCUAAGACAAAGAAUGGCCUUUCACCAUUGCACAUGGCCACGCAAGGAGAUCAUCUGCACAGCGUUCAGCUCUUGCUUCAUCAUGAAGUGCCCGUGGAUGACGUCACCAAUGAUUACCUGACAGCCCUGCAUGUCGCUGCACACUGCGGACACUACAAAGUUGCCAAGGUCCUUGUGGACAAGAAGGCCAAUCCUAAUGCCAAAGCACUGAAUGGUUUUACACCACUUCAUAUCGCUUGCAAGAAGAACCGGAUUAAAGUGAUGGAGCUGCUGCUGAAACACGGAGCGUCCAUUCAGGCUGUGACUGAGUCUGGACUCACGCCGAUUCAUGUGGCCGCUUUUAUGGGCCAUGAAAACAUUGUGACUCAGUUGACAAAUCACGGAGCAUCUCCUAACACGAUGAAUGUGAGAGGAGAGACGGCACUCCAUAUGGCUGCCAGGGCAGGACAGGCAAACGUGGUGAAAUUCCUGGUGGCGAAUGGAGCAGAUGUGGACGCCAAAGCCAAGGAUGAUCAUACCCCACUGCAUAUAUCCAGUCGUCUGGGCAAACCGGACAUAGUCCAGCAGUUGCUGCAACACGGGGCUUCACCCGAUGCCACCACCACAUCCGGAUACACGCCGCUCCACCUGGCCGCUCGCGAAGGCCACAAAGAUGUGGCAUCCAUCCUGCUGGACAACGGAGCAUCUCUUGGCAUCACUACCAAGAAAGGAUUCACUCCCCUGCAUGUUGCAGCCAAAUACGGGAAGAUUGAAGUUGCUAACUUACUGCUACAGAAGCGAGCGCCACCUGAUGCAGCUGGAAAGAGUGGACUAACACCACUGCAUGUUGCCGCACACUACGAUAACCAGAAAGUGGCCCUCCUUCUGUUGGACCAAGGAGCAUCUCCGCACGCUGCAGCGAAGAAUGGCUAUACGCCACUGCAUAUAGCUGCCAAGAAGAACCAGAUGGAGAUAGCGACCACACUGCUCGAGUAUGGGGCUGAUACCAAUGCCGCAACACGCCAGGGCAUCAGUCCUCUCCACCUGGCAGGCCAGGAGGGCAACGUUGACAUGGUCACGCUCCUGAUCGCCCGUGAAACUGCCAUCAAUCUGGGAAACAAGAGUGGACUGACCCCUCUUCAUCUGGCGGCUCAAGAGGAUAAAGUCAAUGUAUCAGAAGUGCUGGUUAAUCAUGGUGCCACAGUGGACCCAGAGACUAAGAUGGCAUAUACACCCCUGCAUGUGGCCUGUCACUAUGGCAAUAUAAAGAUGGUGCACUUCCUCUUGAAGAACCAGGCUAAAGUCAAUACCAAAACCAAGAAUGGAUACACACCUCUUCAUCAGGCUGCUCAGCAGGGUCACACACACAUCAUUAACCUUCUGCUGCAGCACGGAGCCUCUCCUAAUGAGCUGACAGUGAAUGGAAACACUGCCUUAGCUAUUGCCAGGCGCCUGGGUUACAUCUCUGUAGUCGACACGCUCAAAGUCGUGACAGAGGAGACGCACACUACUGUGACUGUGAUGGAGAAACACAAAAUGAAUGUUCCAGAAACAAUGAAUGAGGUUUUGGACAUGUCAGAUGAUGAAGUUCAUAGAGCCAAUGUGCCUGAAAUGCUUAAUGAGGACUAUAUUUCCGAUGUUGAUGAAGGUGAGGAUGCGAUGACAGGAGACACGGACAAGUACCUGGGACCGCAAGACCUGCGAGAGCUUGGAGACGACUCCCUCCCUCAGGAAGGAUACGUGGGAUUCAGUGUUGGAGCCCGUACGGCCAGCCUGCGCUCCUUCAGUUCGGAUAGGUCCAAUACACUCAACCGGAGCUCCUUCACCCGUGACAGCAUGAUGAUCGAAGAGAUCCUGGCGCCAACUAAGGACACGGGGGUCUGUAGAGAAAUGCUCUCCCUUGUUGAGACUCAUUAUAAGCACCUGGCUUUAGCAAAAGAUUACAACGCAGACUCAAUGAGACGCUAUAGCUGGACGCCGGACACUCUGGACAAUGUGAACCUGGUCUCCAGCCCAGUCCAUUCAGGGUUUUUGGUGAGCUUCAUGGUGGAUGCCCGCGGCGGUUCCAUGCGAGGAAGUCGCCACAAUGGUAUGCGCAUCAUCAUCCCGCCCCGCAAGUGCACUGCGCCAACACGUAUCACCUGCCGUCUGGUCAAGAGACACAAGCUGGCGUCCCUGCCGCCCAUGGUGGAGGGAGAGGGGCUGGCGAGCCAGCUGGUGGAGGUGGGCCCAGCGGGGGCUCAGUUUCUGGGCCCUGUGAUUGUGGAGAUCCCUCAUUUUGGGUCCAUGAGGGGUAAAGAGCGAGAGCUCAUUAUGCUCAGGAGCGAAAACGGUGAGACCUGGAAAGAGCAUCAUUAUGACUGCAAAUCUGAAGACCUCAAUGAGCUGCUCAAUGGCUUGGAUGAAGAGCUUGACAGCACAGCAGAUCUGGAGAAGAAGCGUAUCUGCCGGAUCAUCACAAAGGACUUCCCACAAUACUUUGCGGUGGUAUCACGGAUCAAGCAGGAGAGUAAUCAGAUGGGUCCAGAUGGAGGGGUCCUGUCCAGCAUGACAGUACCUCUGGUCCAGGCCUCCUUCCCUGAGGGUGCUCUCACUAAGAAGAUCAGAGUUGGAUUGCAGGCCCAGCCUGUUCCGGAUGAACCUGUGAAGAAGAUCAUAGGAAAUCGUGCCACCUUCAGCCCUAUAGUGACAGUGGAGCCUCGCAGGAGGAAGUUCCAUAAGCCCAUUACCAUGACCAUGCCCGUGCCUCCGCUCUCUGGAGAGGGUGUGGUGAAUGGCUACAAAGGAGACCCAACACCAAGCCUGCGCCUGCUCUGCAGUAUAACUGGUGGCACAUCACUGGCUCAGUGGGAGGACAUCACUGGCACUACACCUCUCACUUUUUUGAAUGACUGUGUGUCCUUCACCACAAACGUGUCUGCCAGGUUUUGGCUUGCAGACUGCCAUCAGAUCCCAGAGACUGUAGGUUUGGCCACCCAGCUCUACAGGGAGCUCAUCUGUGUGCCCUACAUGGCCAAGUUUGUAGUGUUUGCUAAAAUGAAUGACCCUGUGGAGUCCAGCCUGCGGUGCUUCUGUAUGACAGACGAUAAAGUGGACAAAACCCUGGAACAGCAGGAGAACUUUGAGGAGGUGGCCAGAAGCAAAGACAUUGAGGUGCUGGAGGGGAAGCCCAUCUAUGUGGACUGCUAUGGCAAUUUGGCCCCUCUUACCAAAACCGGACAGCAGCUGGUUUUUAACUUCUAUGCUUUCAAAGAAAACAGACUCCCAUUCUGUGUGAAGGUCAGAGACAGCAGCCAAGAGCCAUGUGGCCGCCUGUCCUUCCUCAGAGAGCCCAAAACUUCCAAGGGUCUCACUCAGACUGCUAUCUGUAAUUUAAACAUCACACUGCCAGGACUCAAGAAGGAUGUGGAUUCAGAUCCUGAGGAAGAGACUGAAAAGCCAGAACGACGUCAUACCUUUACAUCGCUAGCCUUACGUAAGCGCUACAGCUAUCUGACCGAGCCUGGAAUGAAAACAGUCGAACGAAGUACAACAAGAACACUGCCUGCUGGUUACGCUCACAAACCUGUCUUUUCAACAAGAUCUUACCAGGCAUGGUCGACUGCUCCUAUUACCGUCCCUGGGCAAACAAAAUGUGGACUGGUUUCCCUCUCCAGUUCACCUUCCAACACGCCAUCUGCUUCGCCACUAAAGUCUGUGUGGUCCAUUUCCUCUGCAUCUCCAAUCAAGUCCACCCUAGGAACAUCGAAUGCUUCUCCUGCAAAAUCAGUUAGCGAUAUAGCAUCACCCAUUAGAACAUACAGAUCUAUGUCAUCUCCAAUAAAGACUGUGGUUAAACAACCCCAAAACCAAGUUCAAAUUUCCUCCAGUCUCCUGUCUUCGCCAGGUAAAAUUGGCACAGAUCCGGUGUCCAUUAAGGGGCUCGCUGCUUCAUUGUCCUCAAGAGCUAACUUGACUUCAUCACCUGGAUCCAUCCUAGACAGAACUUUCACCACAGUGAAGCAAGCUGAUUCUAUAAAGUCAACCACAAAUACAUACACAUCUUUAUCAUUCAAAUCCACCGUGGCCCCCACAAGUAUAGCAGUGUCCUCUCCAAUUCGAAAUAUUACAAACUUGUCCUCUAUUAAAACGACCACAGAUACAGCUAGGGGUACAAUUCUGUCAUCGCUUUCUUCAUCAGCUAAGCCUACAAUAUCCAGUACUGAAACAGUCCUGUUAAACGGAUCCAUUUCACCAAUAAAAUACCCCUCUGCAUCUUCCCGUUUGUUUACAGGAGGGGCUUACAGCUUACAAGAACGGAUACAGGCCACAACGCAAGCAGCUACGGCCAGUGUUGGUGCAGCCUUCAGUGAGGCUGAGAAAUCACUUACUGCUGGCUCAACGUCAAACUAUAGUGCGCUAAAAUCUGUAUCUUCACCUUUAAGAUCAAAUUUAUCAAGUUCUGUUUACGAUACCCUUAGAUCACCAGCCACUACCACCACAUCAAUAUCGUCCAUUUCCAUGUCUGUUCCAGUAUUCUCCGUGGUCAAUGUGCUCCCUGAACCCCAGGGGAAGAAACUCCCAGAAAAAAUAACAAUCACACCUCAGCCACACACCCAAACACAUUCUUCUACAUCACGAAUUAAACCCUCAAAGCCCUCACUUUUUAUUUCCCCGACAGUCCUCAAAGCAGCUGCCUCACCCACAUUGACAUCCAGUCAAGCGAUUCUUAAGGACGUGGCAGAUAUGAAGGAAGAUUUGAUAAGAAUGACUGCAAUCUUACAAACUGACUCCUCGACCGUAGCCAAAAGCUUUCACUCACAUGUUUCUAAAGAGUCCAAAAUGGAGGAUGAAGAGCCCUUCAGAUUGGUUGAGAAAGUUAAAGAGGACCUUGUCAAAGUUAAUGCAAUUCUCAAAAAAGAUGUCCUGAGUGAGGCCAAAAGCUCAAGUAAAGACAGGGCCUCAGAGGAUGAAUGGGAAGAGUUCUCCAAAGAUGAAAUUGAGGAGGCACGACAGAGUGCCCUGCGUUCCAUGUCAACAUUUGAACCAACCUUUCCUGUUGGACCACAGUCAGUGCCUGACAAAGAUCUCAAUUUAGCUAAAGUGGUUGAUUACUUAAUGAAUGAUCUUGGUGCCAGUUCCCUUUCAAAAAUAGCUGAUGUAAAGAGCAGAUAUGAUGAAAUAAAGAAGGAAGGGGAGGAAAAACAGAAGCGUACCAUGAAACCGGAGCACAAACUCAAAAUGCCACCCACAGGUAUGCGGACCUCUCCCUCAGAGAAAGACUUGAGUAAAUUAGCAGACUCCUAUAGUGGCACAGAUGCUAUCCUGGAAUCUCCUGAUGACUUUUCCCAUGAACAAGAUAAGAGUCCCCUCUCAGAUAGUGGUUUUGAAACCAGAAGUGAAAAGACCCCAUCAGCUCCUCAAAGUGCAGAGAGCACAGGGCCCAAACCCCCCUUCACAGAUGUGCCUAUCCCCCCUGUCAUAACAGAAACCAGAACUGAGGUUCUUCACGUCAUCAGGAGCUAUGAACAUCCUGAGGAGGUCUGUGUGCCACUAAUGGAUGAGGCAGCAGCUUUGAAGCCUCCGGUUGAGCCUGAGCCAGCAGUUAGCUCGAUCAAAGAUAAGGUAAAGGCCUUGCAGAUGAAAGUCAGCUCUGAGGAACUGGCAUGCGUCAAAGAAGAAACUCAUAUCACCACUACAACUCGAAUGGUCUACCACAAACCUCAACUGAAAGAUUCUGGCUCUGACAGGAUUGAAGAAGCAAUGUCAGUCCGAGACAUAAUGAAAGCUUUUCAGUCUGGAAGAGACCCUUCCAAAGAAUUAGCCGGUUUAUUUGAGCACAAAGCUAGCCAAGAUGCCAUUAAAGGUGAUGAAUUGUCCCCACGGUUCCUCGAAAAGGACAAAAAAACCCAAGUUGAAAGAAUUAUUGAGGUGCACAUAGAAAAGGGCAACACAACUGACCCGACAGAAGUUAUAAUCAGAGAGACUAAAAGGCAUCCAGAGUUUACAUGCAAGAGUGACCGAGGUCUCACGGAACUCGUUGAAAGUGUUGAUGGUGAUUAUGAGGUUCUUCAAGAUGAGGAGGAACUUACUACUGAGGAAUCACUGCCAUUCUUCUUAGACACAUCCAGAGUCAAUACACCUAUUUCUCAAGAGGAAGAGUCUCGUCCCAGUUCAGCUCAGCUUACUGCAGAUGAGUCAUAUAAAGCUUUAAAACUUCUAAGCCAGCAUUCUAUAGAGUAUCAUGAUGACGAAUUAUCUGAGUUGAGAGGGGAGUCAUACAGGUUUGCUGAGAAAAUGUUGCUCUCAGAAAAAUUAGACAUAUCACAUUCUGAUACUGAGGACAUAUAUGGAGAAACAGUAGCUGGCCCCAGGAAGGAGUCCAAAUUAAAGUCAGCAAGGGAUGCAUCAGACAAAUCAGGUAAAUAUCCCCCACAAGAUGAGCAAUAUGACAAAGUUACAGUAUUACAUUAUACCACAGAACCCGGUAGCCCUAAACAUGCAGUCUGGAUGAGAUUCACCCAGGAUAGGCAGGACAGGAAUAGAGAGAAACUCAUAUAUGAAGAUAGAGUAGAUCGGACCAUUAAAGAGGCAGAGGAGAAACUGAGGGAGGUUUCACAGUUUUUUAGGGACAAAACUGAAAAGUUAAAUGAUGAGCUCAAGUCCCCUGAGAAAAAGAAACCAGCAAGAUUAUCACGAGAGACAUGGUCAGGGCCAAGCUCAACGUGCAGCAGCCCUGAGAAAAAGCAAAAGAGUGCAGCUGAGGAAUGGGACAAAGGCAGACAGAAGAUGUUUGGCAGUACAAACGAAAGGAAAAGUGCAAGUCUGCCAAACAGUCCCGAGAGGCAUGUGCUGUCACAGUUCUGUGAGGACAAGCCAAAACAGCACCAAGAUCAUAAGCAGGCAGAGACAGGUGAUGCAGGCCCCCCAGUCCCAGUUAAGACUUCUAGAGUGAGUUCUGUUCGACAAAAGUUUGAAAUAGAAGCGCAGAAACAGGAUCAGAAUGUGCCUCUAACACAGUCAAAACAACCAGUUAAAAAACUACCAGAAAGUAAAUUACCAGUAUAUCAGAUUUUCGCUGGUUCCAAACCCUCAAAAGCUGAUUCCACAGAUGAAGGAUACCCACCUCCUAGAAAACUAACAGAAACUGAUAAAAGUAGAGUAACCCCUCACAGUAGCAGUAGUACUAUUGUCUCAAAGCAAUUGGGUGAAAAAUGUUUACCUGAAAAAUCUAGCACAUCAGAUACUGUUGUAAAAAGAGCCUCACUUUUUGAGAAAAUGAAAGAUCAAGAGUUUGAUAAAACGCAAGAGAGCUCUACUAAAGUUCACUCUCAAAAUUUGAAAGAUGGAAAUAUUGCAGACAGGAAUAGUGCAAUUAAUGAUAUUAAAGAGCAACAGUAUUUAAAAGGUGACAUUAAAAAUGAGACAGUUAAAACAGCUUCCUCGUCUAAGGAUAAUAUCAAUAGGAAUGACUUUCAGAUAAAGACCCUUAAGAAAAAAACAGAAUCUCACAUUCCUGUGAGAACAUCACCUGGUUCCCCAGACAAUAAUCAGUCAAAGAAGGCAAAUCAAGACACAUUAACUAAAUUAUCUGAAAAGAGCCCAUCACACAUACCUACCCUGACCAAACCAAGGGUUCAUGGCCGUUCAGAGUUACAGAGAGAGGAAGCUGCAACAAAGAACUCUGAAGAAGUCUCUGCUGAAAGUAGAACAACAAGUGGUCUAAGUGACACUAGUUCAGUCGAAAAAAUAUCCACAGUUACAACGAGAGAAAGUUUCAAAGGGCUUAAAACUUUACCAGUCUAUGUAAGUGUUCAAGUGGGGAAACAGUCUGACAAAGAUAUGGGAGGAGGAGGAACCAAUGGAACAUUCAAAAAGAUGGCCAGCUCAGAAAGUCGAACAAUUUAUGCAGUUAAACAGAAACAGCCCACAUCUCCUCAAGGCAGCCCAGAUGAUGACACUUUAGAACAGUUCUCUUUUAUUGAUAGCUCUGGCAAAAGUCCUAUGACUCCAGAGACACCAAGCUCAGAAGAGGUCAGCUAUGAUCUCACCUCGAGAACCCCUGAUCCAUUUAUUGCAUUUAUGCCAGGUAUUGCAAGCCCAAUAGCUGAGGUUUCAGAGGAGUCAGAAGAUAGUGAACAAGGCAAAGCUAUUCCUUUGAAAGAAUCUGGACCAGAAAAAGGAGCCAAUGGUGAACACAAAACUGGCCAGGAGACAAGAGACAAAAGAGUUGCAUAUAUAGAGUUCCCUCCUCCACCACCCUUGGAUUCUGAUUCCUCACAGCCUGAGAAAAAAGGGUCGACUCCUUCCUCAGAGGCUGAGACUGAAAUGAUGGAAGUAAAUCUCCAAGAGGAGCAUGAUAAACAUCUUCUUGCCGAGCCUAUAAUAAGAGUCCAGCCUCCAUCUCCUGUGCCCCCAGGAGCUAAUGAUAGUGAUUCAAGUGAGGAGGAAUCUAUCUUUAAACCUAUUCCAAUAAAGAAAUAUACCUUUAAGAUUGAUGAGGACAAAGAUUUGAAGAAAAGCCCAUCAAAAAAGCAUGACAAGAAUGGGAAUGAUAAAGAACCAGAGGCAAAUAGUAAUGGAAAAGCAGAAGAUUACGAUUAUGAACAAAAUGGCAAUGAUCAGUCCAUCACAGAUUGCUCAUUAGCGACAACUGCAGAGUUCUCUCAUGACACUGAUGCCACUGAGAUUGACUCUCUGGAUGGAUAUGAACUUCAAGAUGAGGAUGAUGGCUUAAGUGAACCUACUGCCAAACCAUUUGGAUUUCCCAAUGAAAACAGAAAGGAUCUUUGGGCAUCAGAUAAUAUGUCUAGUCUAAGUGACCGUUGCCAAAGUAAACUUGAAGUAAUUCAUGAAGAAUCACCUGCUGAGGAUUGCAAAAAGACCAAAGCUAAGACUGAUCCCUCAAACAAAAAGAAUGGCAAGGACAGUGAAAAGGAUGGAAAACAGUCUGAUCAAGGAUUGUCAGACACUUACUUUAGUUACAAGCUAGAUGAGGAGUUUAAUACUCCUUUCAAAACUGUUGCAACAAAAGGCUUUGAUCCUUGGUCAAGCAAGGGAGGAGAAGAUGAAGUAGUGGACGCUAGAAUUAAAGAUGAUGAGCCCAAGCCGUUUGGGCUAGCAGUAGAUGACAAGUCUACAGCAACAACCCCUGACACAACUCCUGCAAGAACCCCAACCGAUGAAAGCACACCAACUAGCGAGCCAAACCCUUUCCCUUUCCACGAAGGGAAGAUGUUUGAGAUGACCCGCAGUGGUGCGAUUGACAUGAGCAAGCGGGAUUUUGUUGAAGAGAGGCUGCAAUUUUUUCAGAUCGGCCCUCAGAGCCCCUGUGAAAGAACAGAUGUACGUAUGGCUAUUGUGGCGGAUCAUCUUGGCCUGAGUUGGACUGAGCUGGCCAGGGAAAUGGAAUUUUCGGUUGAUGAGAUAAAUCAAAUCCGUGUGGAAAACCCAAACUCACUGACAGCUCAGAGUUUCAUGCUUUUAAAGAAAUGGGUUAGCCGAGAUGGUAAAAACGCUACGACGGAUGCCUUAACUGCAGUCCUGAAUAAGAUCAAUCGGUUGGAUAUUGUGACAUUGCUGGAAGGGCCGAUAUUUGACUAUGGUAACAUUUCAGGCACAAGAUGUUUUGCAGAUGAUAGCGCAGUUUCCCAGGAGCAGGCUGAUGGUUACCACAACAUUGAGCUGGAGCUCAAGAGUCCCUCAGAGCUGACCUAUGAACCCCCUACCCCUCUGCGCCAGGAUGAUUUCUUUGGCGAGGACAGUAGGCUAAAUUUCCCCUUUGGUGCCCCUGUUAGACCCAGUGAACUGUCCUUGCCAAUCACUAGUGGCCCAGUGUCUGCAGAUACCAAGCCGCCUACCGUCAUGGCAGAGGACACCUCUAUUGAAGGCCGAGAGUCUGUUAGCCAAGAGGAUUGGUCAGCUGAAGAUGACUUUGGUGUCAGCAAAGAAAUAGCAGCGCCCUCGGAACAACGUGACAGUGAGGGAACCUCAAAAGAAUCAGAUGUCUUCCCAAAAAGUCCAGUAAAAGAGCAGAAGGAAGUCCAACCGAAGCUUCCCGUUUGUGUCUCAGCCAGCGAGGCUCCUGGAGAGAGUGGCAAGUCUGGGUUUGGCGAAGAAGAUGAAGAGAUGACCCAAGAGAAAAUAAAGUCUCUCUUGGAGAACAUUAAGUUGGAGGAAGGCUCAGAGGAUGAGGAGAUGACUGAGGAGAGGCUGCAAGCGAUCCUCUGUGAAGUGCAGCAGGCAGAAAAAGACAUGUCUUCAAUUUCAGGUCUGCAGAGUGAGACAUCCGGUGCAAAUGGGAAGACGGCAACUUCUGGCCACGGACUAGAUACUGAAACACAAGGGCAAAGAGAGUCCGGCCAAGAACUAAUGUCCUCAACACCAGGAGUGCAAACUGAGAGGCAAAAUGGGGAAUAUCAAAAGCUCCAAGCCCAAGCUCGUUUGUCACCAGACGCCAGUGAGUCUUCCAGCAAACCAAAGGGCAAAGCUAGGAAAGACUCUGGACAAGAAGUGAGCAGCGAGGCUGUAGAGGACAGAGGACCAAACCACAGGGGGGAGGACAUUUCCAAGCCUAAAGUCCAGCAGGAAGCUCGUAGAGAUAAUGAAUCCAGCUCUGAUGAGGAAGAAACUGUCACCACCAGAGUGUAUCGGCGGAGAGUGAUUCUGAAGGGUGAUCAGGCCAGAAACAUCCCUGUUGAGACUGUGACAGAGGAGCAGUACACAGAUGAAGAUGGAAACAUAGUGACCAGAAAAGUCAUCCGGAAAGUGGUGCGUCGCACAGCUGGUGUGGAGGACAUAGGCAGGAGAAAGCGUAGGAAGCGUUCCCGGCAGGCCAAUAGGGCCGAGCAGGAGGAAGAGGGGGGCCCCGGGCCCCUCAGAGAGCACACUGAGGCUGGAGAAGGAGAGAAGGGCAUAAAGAAGGAAGGAAGACAAAGGGAAAAAAUGGGUCAACCGUAACAGUUGUGCUCUUUUUGAUCUGAAAGUGUUUCAGAACCAUUUUCCUAUGAGGAGGAUCACUGGAAACGUGCAGGAGGUCAGGGGAUGAGGAUCAUGUGUCUGCAGCUUUCAUACAACAAAUGGUUUUCAGCCAGACGACUUUUGAUUUAGCAUGAGCAUGAAAAAAACAACUGGUUUCUGUCAAUAACACGGAACGGCUAAUGAUUGAGAGGACGUUUCAGUCGACUGGGGCGUCUAAUUCGAGAUGCUCCACGGCAGCGCCUAAGCACUUCCGUGACCAAAGAGGCCACGUAACAUACUGCAGAUUGACAGAAAUGGAGGGACUCGUUCGAAUCACCUUUUACACUCGCCUUACGUUUUUUUCCUCUCGGACACAUAAUGUCGGGGUGUAUAAUGCUGUUGGAGCUUAUUUUGUACAUAAAUUACACUGUAUAAAUUCGAAAGUGGCUCAGAAUGUUGUUAAUGCACUGGCAAGUGUGUAGGAAUGAACUACCAAUUCUGAUUCCAAUUUUAAGGGAACACUUCGGUGUAACUUCACAUGCACUUGUAUAAUUAUUAUCAAGAAAAAUGUUUGUAUAUGAAAAAAAGCCAGCUUGAUUUUAACAACGGAUGUUUCUUUCAAACCUACUGCGGUUUUCAGUGGUUACAUGCAUUGGAGCCGCUGUAGUUCUGUUUUAAGACUUAUUCAGAGUACUAAUAUUUUCAUGCAUGUGAUUCACUUUAUUUAGAUUUUUCUAAACAGCAUAACACACAAGAGAUGGGGAAGUGAUGUUCUAUAUGUAUACACUCACUCACAGUCUUGCUAAUUCUCACGCUUUUUUUUAGAAAGAUGACGGUAUCACAACACCAUUGUUCAGCUUCACUAAAAUACACUGUGUCCCAUUACAUCACAGCCGCCGGGUUCCCUAUGCAGUUACAGAUACAGCUGAAAUCCGAAUGCUCACCGGUAUGCGUCAUGUUGAUUGACGUGAUGCAUUUUUAACUGUUCUCAUGUGUAUUGGAUCUAAGAUGUAGAAGUCUUUCUGUCAGCCUGUCAUUUGUAGUCAUUCUAGCAGUGUAUUACUACUUUUCAAGGCUGCUGUGGUUUUGGGGGCAAUUUUACUUUGGUUUUGGUACAUUGAGAAAUCACCCAAGCAUUCAUGGAUGAUAGAUCUGGUAACAAACGUAUGGAAAAAAAACAAGCAUACACUGGAUGAUCAAACUAAUUAUUUAAGCUUAUAAUAAAUUGUGUUCAAAUC